GACAAAUUAGAUAUAACUGUGUCUAAAACAUAUGUAAUUUAGUAUACUAGUAUCAACUAUGAGCUUGAUUUUCUGUACCGAAGAAGGGUGGAUUAUAUCCCAUUUGCAAUACCUUAAUGAUAUUUAUAACAAUGCAAAAAAUAACAACAAAGAAAGUAAACUAAUUUUUAAUGAUACGUUAUUUAAAAUAAAUUCACAAUAUUUGCGUCAAAAUCAAAUAAAUCAAUCUGAACAAGAUGAUGGAAUGUCAUUACAAAAUAAAAAUCGAAAAAGAAAACGAUCAAUACUUUUACCAGAUAAAGAUUUAAACGAGAUAAAUCAUAUCAAACAGAGGUUCAGUAAAAUAAUGUUAGCAGCAAAGGCAGAAGGAUUGUUGUCUUCUGAUAUAAUACUUGAUAAUAAUGAAGCAGCCCGCUUAGCAUCGCAAACAUUUUAUCAGGAUACAUUUUGCAAUGAAGAAGAAAACUUUUAUGGUUGCAAUGAUACAGAUACAGCUAUCAUAUCAGAAGUAAAAGAUAAAAAAUAUGUUUUCCCUCAAAAGUGUAACUUUUAUUGUUAUGAUGUCAGAGACAUUGCAAAAAAGCUGGAGUUAAACAAUCAAUAUGAUUUUAUAUUGUUGGAUCCUCCUUGGUGGAACAAGUCCAUAAGAAGAAAAAAAACCAAAUACUUAGAAGCUAGCUAUAAAAUGAUGUACAACGAAGAGUUGGCUAAGAUACCAAUUAGAAAAUUAUUAUGUUCAAAUGGACUGGUGGCAAUAUGGUGUACAAAUGCUCCAAGUCAUCUACACAGUAUUUUUAAUAAUAUAUUCCCAUCAUGGGGAAUCACUUAUAGAGCAAAAUGGUAUUGGAUUAAAAUUACUCAAACAGGAAAUACAGUCUGUAACUUUAAUUUUGCACUUGGUAAACAGCCUUAUGAAUUAUUAGUUCUGGGAUCUGUAUUAAAUGGUAAUGAAAUAAAAGUUCCUGAUGGCAAACUGUUGAUAAGUGUACCAAGUGCAGUACACUCUCAUAAACCGCCGCUCAUAGAAGUUGUAAAAGAAUAUCUUCCAAACGAACCAAAAUGUUUAGAAAUAUUUGCAAGAUAUUUACUUCCUAAAUGGACAAGUUGGGGUCUUGAAGUAUUAAAAUUUCAACAUUUAUCAUUAUACACAGUAAUAGAAGAAACGAAUGAGACUCAGAAUAGCACUAACAUCGAUGUAAAUAAAUCAAUUGAUUAACAUUAAAUUUUAAAAAGUAA